GAGAAAGAGAAAUUCCCACAAAAGCUAAUUAAUGAAUUUCUCAUGAUAAAUGUUAGCCGUGAAACCAUAACAGAUGCGCAGUCUUAUCAACGUUUACUUAUCAAGAAAAAAAUUCCAAGAAUAGCUCGUGAAUC